GCGCUAUUGGCCCACCAUUCACGCCACUGGGCAUCCCUACCAACCGCCGUUUUUCUUAGCUCCAGGCACGCGCGAUUGGCGGGCGUUGCUCGUGUCCAGGGCAAACGACGCGCCAUUCCGGUGCCACGCCCCGCGCCGAAAAGAAUCCGGGUUUGCUGGCCUGGCACGGGCCCAAGUUGGAUUGCCAAAGCGAAGAACCAACGCAGAUUCCAAGUUAGCAGCUCCUCUCUUGGAACCGCGCUGCUCAUUUCCGACCCGGUCCGCCGUAGCCUUGGCUCCAGCCUCGUCAACCAACCCAUCCAUCGCACCGACCCGCCCAACCUCGACGAGCGGGCGCCGACCCAGCAGACAUGGCCGACUCGGACGGCGAGUUCGUCGCCGACGAUGGCUCCGACGACGAGAUGCUGGGCCAGGGCGGCAGCUCCUACGACACCAGGGGCGCGGCGAGGGACGGCGGUGGUGGCGGCGGCGGCGGUGGCGGCGGUGGCGGCGACAAGAAGGGCAAGCGCAAGGGCGGCAAGGCGGCCUGGGAGGACCUGCAGCGGUCGUGGGAUGUGGCCGAGGAGCUGGCCGAGGGGGGCCUCUCGCUCGAAGGGCGGAUCGAGGCCGAGAAGCGGCGGCGGGUGCUGCGUGACACGACGCCCAUCCAGCGCGGCAUCAUCCGCCAUCUGGUCCUGGUGCUCGACAUGUCGCUGGCCAUGGACGAGAAGGACAUGCUGCCGUCGCGCCACCGCGUCGCCAUCGCCUACGCCGUCGACUUUGCGCGCGAGUUCUUCGACCAGAACCCCAUCUCGCAGCUCGCCAUCGUCGGAAUGCGCGACGGUGUCGCCGUCAGGAUAUCCGACACGAGCGGCAACCCGGCCGACCAUAUCGAGAAGCUGCGGCAGCUGGUGGAGCUACCGCCGAUGGGCAAUCCCAGCUUGCAGAACGCGCUGGAGAUGUGCCGUGGCGCACUAUUUAAUACACCUUCCCACGGGACCCGUGAGGUGGUCAUGAUCUUUGGCGCACUCUCAUCCUCAGACCCCGGCGAUAUACACGAGACCAUAGACGGGCUCGUGACGGACAGGAUACGGGUGUCCAUAAUUGGAUUAUCGGCACAGGUUUUCAUAUGCGAGGACCUCUGCCGGAGGACCAACGCGGGUCACUCGGCGUCGGAGCCCGUCUUGGUCGGCGGCGAGGACGAGAGCUCGGGAUACAUGGUGGCAAUGGACGACGUGCACUUCCGGGAGCUGCUGCUGUCGGUCACACGGCCACCAGCGACGCGCCAGAGCCAGUUGCAGCAACAGGGGGCGGCGGCAGGUGGUGGCGAGGCAGGGGCGUCACUGCUGAUGAUGGGGUUCCCUUCCCGCACGACUGGCACCGACCCGGCGCUGUGCGCGUGCCACAACCGGCCCACUCGCGACGGCUUCCUCUGCACGCGCUGCGGGUCGCGCGUGUGCCGCCUGCCGGCCGAGUGCCCCGCGUGUGGGCUGACGCUGAUCCUAUCGACGCACCUCGCGCGUUCCUACCACCACCUGUUCCCCCUCCGCAUCUGGGUCGAGGUCCCCUGGUCCGACGCGCACCGGAGCGUGGCCUGCUUCGCGUGCCUGUCGCCCUUCCCGGACCCGGCAACCAAGGGCGGGGGCGCGGCCGCGGCGGCGUCCGCGGCGGCGGUCGCCCAAGACAAGCGCAAAGGCAAGGAGGCGCCAUCCGGCGGCAGGCACCUGGAGGUGCCGUCGGCCAAGGGCGGCGGCAGGGCGCAAAAGAAGAGGGGAGGGGGGGCGUCGUCAGCGGCACCCGAGACGCCCAAGGGCGUGAGCGAGAGUGGCCGGUACAUGUGCCAGGUCUGCCGUAAGCACUUCUGCAUCGACUGCGACGUGUUUGCGCACGAGGUCGUGCACAACUGCCCCGGCUGCCAGGGCGACACGCGCGAUGAGUUGCAGGCUGGUGGGGAGAACGGCAACGGCAGGCCUGCUGCGAAUGGCAAGGCGUGAUUCGAGGUCCGUCUUGUAAAGGAAAGCAAAAAAAAAAAAAAAAACAUAUCACCAUAAUGGAGGUCGAUAAUAGCCGCCGGGCUGCUUCUCAGAGCGCCGUUUAAGGGCCAAGCGUGGAAAAACAUUACGAAUGCGACGGGGAAAGGAUAGGAAGAAUUUGCCAUACCAUAUACCCAAAAAGCUCACUGCCCAGCCCCGGAUGGAGGUGGACAGCUACGAAAACACUCACUGGAGGGUUUUACUUCGACUUACAGUGUGGACUACAAACUACGGUUACUGAACAUGUAACUAGGGGUCCUACACGAGGGCUACAGCUACAGGCCUACAACUACCUGUAGCCCUCGCAAUACAUCACGCUACAGUACCUAUCAUGCUACCUUACCCGUAUUGAUGAGAGCUACAUACACCUGGCCACCCCUGAAGUCCCUUUGCCCGUUAAUUCCUCACACAUUCUUUUCGUUCCAACCGGGGUUCGAACCGUCGACUCCGGGAGGGCGAGGGGGAUAAGGUUCGCGGGGGCUUGGGUAAGGUUGGGAGCGGUUGGCGGUCGACUUGGGUAACGCGGUGGGGAUCGGUCGGUCGGUAGUAGCCUUUAGACGAGGCUGGUUGAUAUAGGUUAAGCACUGGCGCUGCCGGGCAGGGCACUGGUGAGAGAUGGACGGGAGUUUGGGCCACGGUUUACAAUCAAAUAAUUAGGGCAGCAUCGGGAAGUUUCCAAAGAGGUGAUAUUUUGCUAUUCGCCGUACUGUGAAGAUGAGCCACCCAAGAUGCACAAGUAUAUACAGAGAAAAAGGGGAUCAAAACCUUAACGUAGCC